GCGCCAACUAGUCCUCCUUACCGAAAAAUAAUUAGAAAAACUGCAAAAGAAAAUGAACUCAAAUAUCUCCGUUUGCUGUUUAUCUCUGAUGUUACUGCUUCAUUUCAUAGGAGCCAAACCUGUUUCUGAUCUACAGAGUUUGAAGCAGCUUUUAGAAGAGGAGAUCAACACCGCACCAUAUUACUCCUCCUCCUCUUCGGAGGAGGAGAUGAGAGAUGGAAACACAGACAAGUCGGUGUUCGGAGCUCCAGAGGAGCACCCGUGGGACUCCUCCAACCCCAGCAACUCGGCUCUGUCAGCUAAAGAAAAUGUCCUCGCGCGUCUCUUGAAAGACCUCGUGAGGACCUCCAAGCGCUCGUGGAGCCGGUACAAGAAAGGCGGGCUGCGGAGCUGCUUCGGGGUCCGGCUGGAGAGGAUUGGCUCCUUUAGCGGGCUGGGAUGCUAA